GGACUUCCGCUUCAUGGAGGCGCAGGGAGCCACGGUUACUUCUCAGCGCUGGACCGGCGCGCUGGGGCGGGCCGUCGCCAUGGCGAUGCCUCUGUCGCCCUGGUCGCUUCGCAGAGCGGGAAGCGCUGGGGCCCCCGCGCUGGCUGCUGGCCGGGCAGGGGGCGUCAAGGGGCCCGGGCGGCCAGCGCCUCUGCUGGACGAGACUCUGGGCGUGGUGUCGGUGCCCUCGCAGUGGAGGGGCGUGCAGGGCAUCCGCGGGGAGACGAAAAGUUGCCAGACAGCCAGCAUCGCCACAGCAGAGGCAUCUGCCCAGGCUCAGACACAUGCUGAUGCCCAGAUACAGACGGAGACUCCUGAGCCAGUGGCUGUGGUACCUGUGUCCCAACACGACAACCCCCGGCUUGUAGCCUUUCUCCAGAGGGUAGAGGCCAUGGUCACCCGGGAGCUGAACAAGAACUGGCAGAGCCAUGCCUUCGAUGGCUUCGUGGUAAACUGGACUGAACCUCAGCAGACGGUAUCCUGUCUGCACACCCUGGGCUAUCCCCCAGCCCAAGGGCAAGGUCUGCACGUGACCAGCAUUUCCUGGAACGCCACAGGCUCUGUGUUGGCCUGCGCCUAUGGCCGGCUAGACGAUGGGGACUGGAGCACACUCAAGUCCUAUGUGUGCACCUGGAACCUGGACCGGCGAGGUCUGAACCCCAGGCAGCCAUCCGUGGUGGUGGAGGUGCCCAGUGCUGUCAUGUGCCUGGCGUUUCACCCCGCGCAGCCCUCACACAUUGCAGGGGGGCUGUAUAGUGGUGAAGUGCUGGUGUGGGACGUGAGCCGACCUGAGGACCCGCUGCUGUGGCGUACAGGUCUGACUGAUGACACCCACACAGACCCUGUGUACCAGGUGCUUUGGCUGCCUGAGCCCCGGCACAGCCACCACUUCCAGGUGUUGAGCGUGGCCACCGAUGGGAAGGUGCUGCUCUGGCAGGGGGUCGGGGCAGGCCAGCUGCAGCUCAGCAAGGGCUUUGCUCUGGUCGUGCAGCAGCUGCCUCGGAGCACCAAGGUGAAGAAGCCACCCCGUGGAGAGACAGAGGUGGGUGUGACAGCAGUGGCCUUCUCUAGCUUCGACCCCAACCUUUUUGUCCUGGGCACAGAAGGUGGCUUCCCACUCAAGUGUUCCCUGGCAGCGGAGGUGUUGGCGCUCACGCGGAUGCCCAGCUCUGUGUCGCUGAGGGCCCCGGUGCAGUUCACCUUCUCUCCCCAUGGUGGCCCCGUGUACUCUGUGAGCUGUUCCCCCUUCCACAGGAACCUCUUCCUGAGUGCUGGGACAGACGGCCAUGUCCACCUGUACUCCAUGCUGCAGGCCCAGCCUCUGACCUCACUGCAACUCUCCCAGAAGUACCUGUUUGCCGUGCGCUGGUCCCCUGUGCGCCCCUUGGUUUUUGCUGCUGCCUCUGGGGAAGGUGAGGUGCAGCUGUUCGAUCUCCAGAAAAACUCCCAGAAACCUACGGUGUCCAUUGCACAAACUCAGGACGGAAGCCCCGUGUACUGUCUUGAGUUUAACAGCCAGCAGACCCAGCUCCUGGCUGCUGGUGAUGCCAAGGGCACGGUGAAGGUGUGGCAGCUGAGCACAGCCUUCACAGAACAGGGGCCUAGGGAAACGGAGGACCUGGACCAGCUGGCGGUGGAGGGAGCCACCUGAAGGCCCCAACCGGAGCAGGAGUGGGGUGUCCCCUCCAGGGAGUCUGUGCAUGGAGCCCAGCACCUCCAGUGUGAGCUGAAUAAAGAGGAGCAGAACUCUU